AUGGACAAGGAUGCUUAUGCCCUGAACAACAACUUCAUUGGGGAAUGCAUGCAGGCCAUCAACAUGUAUUCUGGAGAUGCAAAGAAGAGGUCAUAUGGGGUGCGAGACGAGUACAGGAUGAGUGGGGCUGCAGUGGAGCAGGCAAUACUGGUGGUGCCACAAAGGAUGGAAGAGCUUUUAGCCUCCAAUCCCAUUCUCUGGAUCCCGACCAAAGUCUGGUUGGAAUUUAUGGCUAGACGCAUCAGGGCCCUCCAGUUGGCUCAGAUCUCUCUCAAGGAACUGGAACCACCCAACCUUGGGAUUCUGACUGGCAUCAUCUGCCACAUGAUUCGGUGCACGUCCACCACUGCAAUAAUCCUUGACUUCCAUGUGAGAGAGUCCAUGGCCCUUCUGCAGGUCUCCAGGGUGUGUGAGCGGUUGGGAAUGUUCUUCCUUUUGGACCUGGACUUGCAUCAUGUCCCCCAUCUUCCAGAAGUUCAGGAUCAUGACGACCUGGAGGUGCUCAAGCUGAUGGAGGGAAAGUUGAAGAGGGGUGAUGGACGACCUGCCUGGCCAAGGAUUCCCCCUCUGGACGAAGUGGAACAAUUUCCCAUUGGCAGCAGACCGACUGUGGGCCAAAUUGACAAGGACCAUCCAACUGCAGCCUUGGUUGAUCAUGCAGGACUGGAAGUGGUUGGCCCAACUGUCCAGUCUGGGGCCAGUGGCUCAGAGGGAAAACCAGAGCCAACAUCUUUGGAAGAAGCCAUUCAGAGUUGGACUCUGAACCAGACCUUCAGGACAAUACGUGCCUGCGAAUUCAAGGCCUGCAAUGCAGAAAUUGCAGGGAGUGGAGGGGCUGGUCGCCGACAGUCAAGCUUUGCAGAGAGGGUCAACCUGUUUUUCCCAGGACCCACAGCAGGACAACCUUCAUGGAGGUCACCAUGGAAUGUCUUCUGGACGAAGCCUGGCUAUAUUUGGGAGUAUCACCAGGUGAUGAAGAACAGGACACCCCUGGAGGAGUUUGAGGUGCUGGACCACCUUGGCAGGAUAUUUUCUGUCCUUCAGACAUUACCUGAUGCGACCAAAGGGAGUGAAAAGAGUCCUGGGAAGACAUGGCGGGUGGAGGGUGAGAAGGUGGUUCUGGUGACAAAUCCCAAGUUCUACAAGAUCAAGGGUAUCUCCACCUGA